CAUUGCCAGCCUCAUUGUCUUCGCCACUCGCUUGCACGCUUUGCCACCAGUCAUUUCUGUAUGGUCUGUGUAUUCAUGCUGUGGUUUAACACUUCUGAGAGCAACAGGAAAGCAGUCAAUGUAAAACGCUAAAAGCUUUAGCCUAGCGAUUAACAGCUGAAAUGGAUAAAUAUGAGGCUGUAACGUCCUCAGGAUAUGCAGAAGACAAAGACAACGCCUCAUGCCCGUCAGGUAUGUGUUGUUCUUGCUCAUAUUACACGUCACCUCGGGGUUUCUUGUUGUAAAUCUGCGUUUUUCCACUCAGGUAACAGGUCUUGGGAGAAUAUGGAAUGCUAUAGGAUCCUCACAGAAGUGGAAAGAAAAGCCAUUGGCUCCAUCUGUUUCCUGGCAGGUCCCAUCACGUUCCUGCAGAACGCCCUCGUGUUGUGCGUGAUCGCCUCCUCGGCCACUCUGCGAAAGCGGCCCUCCUAUCUGUUCAUCGGCAGCCUCGCUCUAGCCGACGUCUUCGCCAGCUGCUUCUUCACCAUCAGCUUCCUGGACUUCCACCUGUUUCACGGCAGCGACGGCCCCGAUGUCUACCUCUUCAAGCUGGGCGGCGUCACCAUGGCCUACACCGGCUCGGUGGCCAGCUUGCUGCUGACCGCUCUGGACCGCUACCUGUGCAUCCACCAGGCCUCCAGCUACAAAGCGCUGCUGACACGCCGGCGAGCCCUGCUGAGCCUGCUGGUUCUCUGGAGCACCACCGCCUUUAUCUCCUUCUUGCCCCUGAUGGGCUGGAGGUGUCCCACAGGCCUUACUCCACCAUGCUCACGCCUCUUCCCCUACGUAAACUCGGCUUAUAUGGCCUGCUGGACCAGCUUGAUACUAGUGCUUAUGGUUCUUAUCAUGGUGGCUUAUGCUAUGAUCUUGUGGAGGGCCCACCGCCAUGAAUCCACUAUGACCAAGCUGCAGGCGACAUCAAAGACAGGGCAUUCACGCCGGAGGAUGGAUAUACGAUUGGCUCGUACGUUCAGCCUGAUCCUGCUCAUACUGGUGGGCUGCUGGCUUCCGGCACUGUCCUUCAUGCUAGUCGACGUCUCUAUGAGUCUAAACCGCACCCAACAGAGGGCCUUCGCCUUUUGCGGCACCCUGUGCUUGGUCAACUCUGCUGUCAACCCCCUGCUGUACGCCUUGCGGUGCAGGGAGCUGAGAAUUGCUCUGAUGCGGCUGCUUCAAAGGCUCUGCGGCAUUGGACGCUGUAAAGCACCACCAGAGGAAUUAAGCUCUGGGCUACCGUCUGGAGACAACAUCACUGCCUCCAGCGAGGAGGAGAUGCCCCGAACCAGACACAACAGGCACACCCUGCAGCCGGAAUGAAUAAACAACAGCUAAACGUUUGAAAAAAAGAAGGAAACGCUGUAGAAAGUGUAUAUAACCUUCACAGAGAUACGGAAGGCUCCUUUAAUUUAUGUUACAUUUAAGUCCAAUAUAAAAGACAAUCAACUUUACUGUAAAUGAAGAGUUUAAAACUCACACAACUCAUCCAUAGGAUGCAUAGUCAUAAGAGCAAUAUAUAGUUUUAAUCUUUACAUUUUAAUUGAAUACACACAAUAUAUCUUCUUCUAAUAAGAAUAAAUAUCUUGCUUUAAGCCAAAUAGAAAGGGUUUUGUAUAUGUUAUAUAUGUAGAUAUAAAAUGAUGCAUCUCCCCCUUUAACUGUGACUCUGCCGCCCAUGUGAGUGCUUUAAAGCACCUAUGAAACAGUGUCUGUCGUGACAUGAAGUGCUGACUUCUGUUGUGCGUGGGGUUGUUUACUGUGAGUGUUGUCCCUGAGUGUGCAGGAACAGAGGAUCCUGGGGGACUGGACGCGAAUGCCCGGCCUCCACAAAAGCCCCGCGCAUGGGAGGAUUUCACAGUGUUCACCGCAUAAAUCCAGGCAGUGUGCAGAGGUGACUGGGGCACGUGUCACAGAGAGAACGUGAACAGUGAACAGGCACUAGAACAAUCUUUACACCAGCGGCUCACUGUCAUCAGGCUGACAUGGAUUUAAACCUACCACAGCAAAAGGCUCACGCAUAUUAAAAUUGAACAUUAAAACCACUAAAUCGA